AUGAAGAUCCAGGGGCCAGAUCGACUGUCCGACUGGCUCGGAAGCGCGUGCCAGCCAGCCCAUCAUCCCCAACGCCGUGGUCUGGACCCAUCGUCGUCGCUCGCCACCAUCACGAGCACCCGUGCCAAACCCAAUCUACAACGCCUCCACAUCCGCUACGCCUCCUACCGCAACAAGCUCAUCGGUCGACGACGUAAUCAAUCUCGAAGCUCGCUUCCGAGGACAAACGACAACGCUCAUCUCCGAGACAGGUCCGCCUCUUUCUCUUCGGCACAGUCUAUCCGUGGGCCCAUCCAACCCCACAAGAUCAAACUCAAGCUCGUUGCAGCUAAGCCUAACAUGCCCCCUGUACCACUGUCGUCUUCAGAGCCAAGCAGUCAGCCUCUCGCCGCUGAAGCCUGUCCCUACCCAUCGUCAGACCACCAGGCGGUGCUUGCUGCCCUCUCCGACGUGGUCACCGUCAGUCCCAACCCAGACAACUCGCGCAACGCCGGCUUCUCCCGCCACGCCCAUCAUCCUUCCUACGACCCGGAAUCAUCCUACACCGGCCUCCAGCCGCUCCCCAUCACAGAACCGCCCCCCAUGGUCCCCGCAAAGAGCCCCUUUGAGGACCGCAGCCUCCCUCCGCCCCCAGAGGUGCCUGCUAAGACCUCCGGCACCAGCAUGGCCAACAAAUUCGCCAACGCCUUCCGCAGGACCAACGCGGACGACAAGGCCAAGAAGCGCGCAAAGGACAAGCGCAUGAACGAUGAGAUCAACAAGACCGCCGCUAGGACCAGCCGCAUGGACAUCAUCGACCGCCUCGAUCUCUCGGGCAUCAACGGCUCCAGCAUGUUCCACCACGACUCGCCGUACGACGCCUGCGCUCCGCACAUGAACAAGGGCAAGCGCGCCCCCGUCGGUGCCUUCGACCCCAACGUCGACCCCAUGACCGGCCUCCCUCGAAAUGCGGCGGGCGCAAAGCCUGGUCGCACUGGCCGCGCCGGUGCAGCCGAUGCGCUCGCCGCCGACGCCAGCCCGGCCGACGAGAAGGCAGCUGUACGACCUGGUGUCAACGCCGCCGGCGGUCGAACACGAAGCUCCACCGCCCCGCUCGUCCCUUCGCUUUCCAUGCACGCCGAGGGAUCGACCACCGAGCUCCCCAUCGACGAAGACAUCGACGCAGACCGCGACGCCGAAGCAGAACGCAUCUGGCGAAGUCGUCAGGGCUACCACACCCAGCCGUCCAACGUGCCCGACAGCCGCUACGACGUCUCGAAUCCCAACGCAGACGUGUGGGGCGUGAGUGCAGAGCCAUGGCAGGAUUUCGCGCAGCCCAAGCAGCGAACCCGAUCCACGCUCAGCCCCUACUCGGCCGCAGGAGACCGCAGCGGCACCACCAGCGCCGCCAGCAGCGUGCUCGACAUGGAGGCCAUCAUGACGGGCAAGAAGAAGCCUUCGCGUGCUCAGCAGGACCUCGACGUCGGCAGUGCCAGUCCCUUUCCCGAGCCCAACUGGGACGAGCGAGCGCCCGCGGGUGCCGAUGUGCCCAAGCGCAGCAAGAGUCUCAUCAAGCGCAUUCGCAGCAUGCGCGAGAACCCCAACGUGCCUCCUCCCGAGGAUGGCGCCGUCGAGAUGCGCGACCGCCGUCGACGGGCGGCGCAGCACAAGCACUCGCCCAGCACACCGCCGACUGCGGUGGGCGGCCAGUCGUCGUACGAUUCACGCGAUUCGCGCGCUGCCGCCGACGCGGCUGUAUCGAGCGGCAGCUACGGCCGUCGCACCGGCCGCACCGUUGUCACGCCCAACGAGAGGGACGUGGUGACGCCCCGAGCGCAGCACGACGAUGACGCCUCCUACUUUGCCGCCAACGCCGACUCGAGGAGCGGCGCACCCCGUUCACCAGCAGCCGAAGGCUCCGGCCUCACCCGCAACGGCAGUCUCUUCAACAAGCUCCGUCGCGGCCAAAAGUCGUCGCCCAAAUCCGCAGAGCGUCCAGCUGCCUAUGCUUGA